AUGACGCUGUCCUUCUUGGAAAUCCUAGCUCUGGGAAAUUUUGCCAAAAAUCUGGAAAUGGUUGAUGUGGGUAUUACGUAUUUAAUCCAGGCGAAGGCGGUCGCAUCCAGUAAAAAAAGCAAGUCCUUAGUAGCAAACCUGCUCAAACAAGCAAUCACUAAGCACAACACAUACUGGUCGGAACGCGAGGAGGCCACGGAUCUCGAACGGUACGGGUUAUUCAUGACACCAAUCCGUCCAGAAGAACCGUUACCCGCGCAGACAGGAACUAAACUUCGGCAGGUCGGGGUAGCCGGAGAUAUCCCGGGAGAAUUGGCAAUGCUUAAUCUGUGCGCGGGAAGUAAUUAUCAGAAUGAAACGGAAAAGGCCAGGUUGAAAUGCUGGUAUGAAACCGGGUCGAAUCCCUAUUUUAGCAUUGCCCCCAUGAAGGUAGAAUUAUUAACGGGUAAUACCCGGGUAAAUUUACGCCUCAUCCACAACGUCCUUGGAACCAAUGGGGUUGAAAAGUUGCUAACUUUUACAAAUAAAGAUAUGAAACAAUACGCACUAUUAGACGAUCCGGUCAGUGGUAAACCCAUCGGCGGAGUGUACAGGACUAAACUGCAGAGACGGGUAAACAUGGGACAGACUGAAUUUCUCGCGCCGAUCUUCAAAAAUAUUGAAAUGUUGAGCGGGAUCGGUUUUCUUGCUCCGGGAAUGUCGGAGGACUUGCAAAUUUCCGAGUAUGGCUAUGUCGGAUCCAGUAUCAAUAUUCACGUGGAUGUGAAAACUAUGACGGAUGUGGCUUUUGGGGGCGCCACGGUCUUCCCAAGGCUUGGCGUGGCAGUCCAACCGUCCCAAGGAGCAGCCAUUGUUUGGAAUAACGUCGACGAAAAAGACGUAUCCGUCAUUUGGGAGAGUAUACACGCCAACAGCCUUUGCAGAUCAUGA